UUUUGAAAAACAGAAUUAUCAUGAUCGAUGAUUAUCAAUCAUUCUUGUCAUCAAUCACCUUGGAAUUUAAUAAAAUAUUUUAUAUUUCGACGUAAUAAUAUUGCCUCAAUGAAUACGACGGUCAAACGUAAAACAUUGGAAGAUUGUGAUGAUAAUAAUGGUGAUGGUGUUGAUACCGAAAUCGUUCCCAAAGAGCCGACAUCCGAAAUUCAACCAAAAAUUGAUAACCAUCAACAACGUCCAGUUUCUAAAAAAUCACGAACAGCUAAAAUCGAUCUACCAAAAGAAUCAUUAGAUGUUUCCAAUUAUUAUAUUGAAAAUGGUAAUCGAAAAGUUUAUCCAUAUUAUUAUACCUAUCAUUCAUAUUGUAAAGGCCGAUGGUUAGGUAAAACAUUAGGUGAUUUAUUUGCCGAUGAAUUUCGUCGUUUAACGCCGGAAAUUUUAACGAAAAAAAUCGAAAAAGGUUUACUAAAAGUAAAUGGACAACCAGUAUCAUUAGAUUAUCAAUUAAAAGAUAAUGAUUUUAUAACACAUCGUAUUCAUCGUCAUGAAUUUCCAGUUUUAGCUGCACCAAUACCAAUCAUACAUUCAGAUGAACAAUUAUUAGUGAUUGAUAAACCACCAUCAUUACCUGUUCAUGCAUGUGGAAAAUUUCGUUUAAAUUCAAUCAUAUCCGUACUGGAAAAAGAGAAUAAAAUUCAAGAUCUGCAUCUUCUUCAUCGAUUAGAUCGAUUAACAUCGGGUAUUAUGAUAAUAGCACGUACAAAAGCUUGUGCACAAAAAUUACAUGAACAAAUGAGAAAUCGUGAAAUGCAUAAAGAAUAUCUUUGUCGUGUGGAGGGUUAUUUUCCAGAUGGUACAAUUGAAUGUGAUCAACCAAUCGAAACAUUAGAUCAUAAAAUUGGUAUUUGUAUAGUAUCAACGAAUGGUAAACCAAGUCAAACAAAAUUUCAACGAUUAAAUUAUAAUGGUAAAAGUUCAACAGUUCUGGCACAACCAUUAACCGGCCGAAUGCAUCAAAUUCGGGUUCAUCUACAAUAUCUUGGCUAUCCAAUUGUUAAUGAUAAUUUUUAUAAUAAUACCGUGGUAUUUGGACGAAAAAAAGGUUGCCAAGGUGAUAUGGAUGGAAAAACAAGGGAACAAAUUCUUCAAGAUUUAGAAUCCGAACAUUCAAAAUCUAUUUAUUACGUUGAUAAUGAUGAUAAUCAAUCGGAAGAUCAAAAUCAACAACAACAAAAACAAGACAGAAUUAAUGACGAACGUAAUAAGUAUGCAUUGAAAGCAUUGGAACAUUAUACAUCACAACCAAUAUGGAAUGAUUUAAAAAUUAAUUACCAAUUUGAUGCUGAAAAAUAUAUAAAAGAUCCAGAUUGUAAUGAAUGUCGUAACGAAAUGAUUGAUCCAGUUGCCUAUGAACAAUUAAUCUAUUUACAUGCAUUAAAAUAUCAAGGUAAAGAUUGGUCAUUUGAAACACAGAUACCUGUUUGGGCUAAAGAUACAUGGACAUAUGAUUGAUUGUUUGAUUAAUUAAUUGUAAAAUUUAAAUAAAUUUUUAUAAUUUUUUGUUUCCAAAAUCUGUU